CGCACACACACAUAGGGGCAGAAUAUAUCACGGCUACGCCUACAAAUAUUGUUGGCUAACCAACUACCUUUAUAACAUUUUACUUUUCAGGAAUAGCUAUAACCUGUGUCGGUGACCGACUUCGUAAUAGCAAUAGCAGCUUACAUCACGUCGGGAUUUGUACUGUCACAGACAAGAAACUGCGUUUUGGGAGUUUACCAAUGCAAUCUCUACUAGUGUGUGUCAUUGUAACUACACAUGCCAAACGGACCUGGAGCACUUAGCUCGAGUUCCGUUUUCUCAGCGUGACUCGACGAAUUUAUUCAAUCUAAUUGUGUAUGGUUGGUUCCUUUCGCGGAUUCACCCGCUUGGGCCUACCAACACAUUUCAACAUCACACGGCAUUUACGGAACAGAACGUACCCGACGUUAACCAGUUACCGUAGCUACCAUCUUUGCUACAGUGUAGCUUGCAAGCUAACACAGACCUGGAACAUAUUUCUACACAAAUUUAUUUGUUAAUCGUGGCUGGACCCUUGUUAAUGAAAACAUGUCCUGCACGUGCGCAUCUGCGGCGAGAUUGCUUAUAAAUUCAGCACAUAAAGGAUUCACUUGCUCUCGGGUUCAGUUGUUUGCAUUUGGCAGACCAAGUUCUCAUGAAGUUCAUCUGACUCGAAGAGUCCCUGUGAGGUCAUUCUCUGAGACUGCAGUGUAUUUUGCACCAAAAGAUGGAACAACAAAAGAUGGCUCUGGAGAUGGGAAGAAGUCAUUGAGCGAAGGAGCAGGGAAAAGAUCUGCAAGUUCAGGAAGCUCCGGGAAAGGAGGCGGCCAGCUCCGCUGCCCAAAGUGUGGUGAUCCCUGCACUCACGUGGAAACGUUUGUCUCUUCAACACGCUUUGUGAAAUGUGAGAAGUGCCAUCACUUUUUUGUGGUGCUCUCUGAAACGGACUCCAAGAAGGGUCUGAAUAAAGAGCCGGAAUCUGCUGCAGAAGCGGUCAAACUGGCCUUUCAGCAAAAGCCACCUCCGCCUCCAAAAAAGAUCUAUGCCUACCUCGAUAAGUAUGUUGUCGGCCAGUCCUAUGCAAAGAAAGUGCUAGCAGUGGCUGUUUACAACCAUUACAAACGCAUUUACAACAAUAUCCCAGCUGGUCCGAGGCAGCAGGUUGAAGUGGAGAAACAGACCUCCCUCACACCACGAGAGCUAGAAAUAAGAAGACGGGAAGAUGAAUACAGAUUUACAAAGCUGCUGCAAAUCGCUGGAAUCAGCCCUCAUGGCAAUGCCCUCGGGGCCUCCAUGCAGCAGCAGGUGAACCAGCAGACCCCGCAGGAGAAGAGAGGGGGCGAGGUCCUGGACUCGAACCACACCGACAUUAAACUGGAGAAGAGCAACAUUGUGCUGUUGGGCCCAACAGGAUCAGGUAAAACGCUUUUGGCUCAGACCCUUGCCAAAUGCUUGGAUGUGCCCUUUGCCAUCUGUGACUGCACCACGCUAACCCAGGCCGGAUAUGUGGGCGAAGACAUCGAGUCUGUGAUUGCCAAGCUGCUGCAGGAUGCUAACUACUCCGUUGAGAAAGCACAGCAAGGCAUUGUCUUUUUGGAUGAAGUUGAUAAAAUUGGCAGUGUCCCUGGAAUUCAUCAGUUGAGAGAUGUUGGCGGGGAAGGCGUACAGCAAGGGUUACUCAAACUUUUGGAAGGUACCAUUGUCAAUGUUCCUGAAAAGAAUUCGAGGAAAUUGAGAGGCGAGACGGUGCAGGUGGACACUACUAACAUCCUGUUUGUUGCCUCUGGUGCUUUUAACGGACUUGACCGAAUAAUCAGCAGGCGAAAGAAUGAAAAGUACCUGGGCUUCGGCACCCCGUCGAACCUGGGGAAGGGCCGGCGUGCGGCCGCGGCUGCCGACCUGGCCAACAGCAGUGGGGAGGUGGACACGGUGCAGGAGAUGGAGGAGAAGGACCGGCUGCUUCGCCACGUGGAGGCGCGUGACCUCAUCGAGUUCGGCAUGAUCCCCGAGUUUGUGGGCCGACUGCCCGUGGUGGUGCCUCUGCACAGCCUGGACGAGGAGACGCUGGUGCGCAUCCUGAUCGAGCCCAGAAACGCCGUGGUGCCCCAGUACCAGGCCCUCUUCAGCAUGGACAAGUGUGAACUGAAUGUAACUCCAGAUGCCUUGAGAGCCAUUGCCAGAUUGGCUUUGGAGAGGAAGACCGGAGCUCGUGGGCUACGAUCGAUUAUGGAAAAGCUGCUGCUUGAACCCAUGUUUGAAGUGCCACAUUCUGACAUCAUGGCUGUUGAACUCAACAAAGAAGUUGUUCACGGAAAAUCAGAUCCCCGGUACAUCAGAGCACCUGCCAAAGAGUCUGCUGAUGAAGAAUAUGAUUCUGGCAUUGAAGAGGAGAGCUGGCCACGGCAAGCAGAUGCAGCCAACAAUUGACAUGUCUUGUUGCUCAUUUCAAAAAAAAAAAUUCAACACCGAAACAUAGAAUCUAAUCCCUUAAGAAAAUAAGCUAUGGAUUUCUUGGAAUCCAUCAACAAUGUAAUGAUGCAAGAUCAGAAGGAACAUACUAUAACUGAGUAACAAGGUGAUUGUUUUUCUACAACGGUAUAAACAGAGGACAAACAAGUUAGGCUUGUCCCUCUGAAGCCCUGUUUCCAUGUAUUGGAAGAUAAUUCUUAUAAGUGUUUGGAGGUGCAUUUACCAGGUGACCUACUCGAUUCUCUCUUUUGUUGAAAGGGGGACUGUUAACAUGUUUAUCUGUGUGAAGAUCAAUUUUAUUCUUAACAAAUUAAGUAGGUAGCUCUAUUUUGAUUUUGAAGACUCUGUUGAAAUGGUUUGGGAACCAAAUGGAUAUAGAUGGGAUCAUAACCUACACUUGAAAAAGUAGUACUAGAGUUUUUGCCAAUUUAUAAAUUAAUUACAUGUAAUGGUCUUCAUUUAAGUAUUCAAAUCUGUUAACGCAUCAAUUUGUUUUGAUGUUUUCAUUUUUUGAUUUAAACAGGCAUAUUGAUGUUAAACAGUUCUACUGUAAUGGAGUUUAAAAGGUCAGAUACCUGAAGGUAAUUUGGAAGUUAUGAUUGUGUGUACUUAAACUAGCAUAUUUCACAGAACAAAUGUUGAAAGUAAUGUUUUUAAACUGAAAAAAAUGAACAGUUCUGCUGCUGAAAAGGGAUUUCUCAUAAAAGAUAUUCACAUAGCAUAACACCUGAAGAAGUACUACAUGUAUGCAUGUCUGUUGACAUUUUAAAGGAACUGGAUUUAAAACACAAACCAGCUUUUUAACACUUAUACUGGGGGAGUUUGAAGGCUAGAGUUUUUUCCAAUUGUGGUGCAGUGUUAUGUUUCUUUAUGGACAGCCAUUUUCUCCUAAGUGUAAAAGCCAUUCUAUAUCUUCAGGUUGAACCACACUGCAGUCCUUGGCAAAGCCUCAGCAAGUUUGCUGAACGCUGUAUAUUGUAACUGUACAUUCACUGUCGGUUUCUUCUAAAGAAACCGCUUUUUUUUAGUUUGUAAAUUGCUACCUAUUCAUUUUGAUUCAAUGCAAACAUGCAUACAGGUCAAAAAGCAAACUUAUUUGCCCUAAAACAUUUGUGAACCUCAAGGAUUUAUAGAUGUGAUUGUUUAAAAUAUGAAUAAAUCUCUGUAUAAACUA